UGGUUAAGAAAACUUCUGCAGCAUUUGUAAAAGCAGCUAGUUUAAUCUGAAAAAUGAAAAGAAUGGAAGACAGAAAACAUUCAGCAGUAACAUAAGGAAACAAGAUGCCAACCCAUCACAAACUCACCUACCCUUCAAUGGAAUGUUGUUUCCUUCUGCCAAAUAACUUUGUUGGCUAUGAGCAUGACUGCUAACUUUUGAAUUCAAGUAUAAUCUUUUUUAUUUAUAUAGCACCAAAUCACACAACAGUCGCCUCAAGGCACUUUACAUGGUAAGGUAAAGACCCUACAAUAAUACGAAGACACAACAAUCUCAGUCUGCUGUCUAAUUAGUUAGACAAUGCUGAUAGCUUUAAAGUAGUUUGACCCACCAAAAUGCUCCAAAAUACAAACUUUAUCUUGUUGCUUUUAAUUUUUCCAGUGUGAUUUUUCUAUAUAGUGACAUUUAUGAUUUAUUCAUAUUUAUCUACAGUUUAAAACAUUCAUCUUUACAGUCUCAACACAAAAUCCUCCCACAUCUCUCUGCUGUUUUUGAUUGUCAAACAACAGUUUGAUUGUCCACAUAAGUCACUUCAUCUAGUAUUAGUGCACAAACAAGAGCUAGCUAAACAAAGGAGCAAAGCCAGAAUCAUUAUCAGUUAUUCUCAUAAAUGUAAUGGACAGAGGGAGUUUCCACUAAAUGUUUUGCUGUUAUAUCAGCCUAUCUGCUUUCACUUCCUCGUUUCGGUGAACAUAUAAAUGCUGCAGAUCUUCUUCCUGUAUCAUCUUACAACACAUGUGAAACAUGUACACUCAUAAUUUUAUCCUGUUCGUGGCUUCCUCUCUUUUCAGUCCAGUUCUCACAGAUGAAGACUUUUACCAAGUGAGAGCAUACUGUACAUUCAAAGGGCCACACUUUGAAGAAACCGAGUACAUAUUAACUAGUUUUUUUAAUAAGAACUUGAUGAUGGAGUACAACAGCACAAGAGGCAACUGGACGGGAUUCACAGCGUAUUCAAUUGAAGCAGCAAAAUGGUGGAACAGUGAUCCCCUUGAUGCAAUAACAAGAAAGAUUGAAAGGAAACUGUUGUGUACGGACACGUUAGAUGUCAUCCAAUCCGUAGAUAAUCUGACAACUAUACCCACCGUCAAACUAAAAUCAGUGAAAAGGCCAAAUGGUGAGCACACAUCUACGCUUGUGUGCAGUGCCUACAACUUUUAUCCAAAACAAAUCAGAAUGAUGUGGAUGAGGAACGGCCAGGAGGUGACCACAGACGUCAGUUACUCUGGCGAGAUGCCUAAUGGUGACUGGUACUACCAGACUCAUUCUUACCUGGAGUACAUCCCAACUUCAGGAGAAAAAAUUGCCUGCAUGGUUGAACACCUUGGUCUCUCUGAGCCGAUGUUUGUGGUCUGGGACCCCUCCCUCCCAGUGGCACAACAAACUCAGAUAGCUGUUGGACUGUGUGGACUCGUGAUUGGAUUUGUUAUUGCAAUAUCUGGAUUCAUCUACUACAAUAAGAAGUCUGCUGCAUACAUCACUGUGUGUCAAAGACAAGUUUUUAUUCCUGUGGAAUCCUUUCCUGAAGCUGGAGCAACUUAACAGCCUGAGCAAACACUAUUAAUACGGGCACGCUCCAUCCAAGGUGCCCCAAAUAUGUCAGCUCUCUGAAUAAUGAUGGCUGCUGUGGGUGUUUGGGGGUUUGCAUCUUCUACCUACGGAACAGAGGAGACAUUUCUAAUGUAGUUAAUACUCUUAUACAGUAUAGUAAUAUAGUGUUAUAGAAAAAUGAUUACACUGUAUCUACUGGCAUUAACCCUCAUUAAGCAGUAAACCCUGUGAGUUAACCAGUGGUGAAAGUGGAAAAGUAGAAAAACCCUGGAACAGUAGGAUGGUUCAAAAGCUACCCACAGUGUGCACACCCACAUGGUACCUUCCUAGCAAUUAAGUAAGAGAAUGAUUAUUUCAAACUAUAUAGAACCAACUAACAUUUUGUUUAUUAAUCUGAAUACCCUGAAAUUUUAUGAUUUAGUUGAAUAUAAAAUGGCACAGAUAAUGUAUAAAGCACAAAAUAACUUGCUU